AUGGAGAUCGAGCUCGCUUAUGGUGAAUCUCGCGGAUACUGGAAACAUUAUUCACCCGGGAAGUGGUUCAAACAAGCGAAAGCCGUUGGCAAGAUCAACAACGUAAAAGCUACUCUGUUAUUUGAUUCUGGUGCUGAAGUGUCGAUCAUUGACACCACCUUUGCUCGUGAGGUCGGUUGCAAUAUUGACGAAAGUCAACGACAAGAAUGUAUCGGGAUUGGGGACACUCCGUACAUGACGGUAGGACGUACCAAGAUCAAGGUGACCCUCGCGGGAUCGCUGGUAUACUAUUUCAAUGUAUGGGUAGGCGAUCUGGCAGGGCAAGAAGCGAUUCUGGGUAUGGAUUUUAUGGUGCCUGCUGGAGUGCGGCUCGAUCUAGCGGAUGGCGCGCUAUGUCUACCAGAAGAAAUCCGCAUUCAUCUCGCAGGACGUCGCCCCGCGUACGGAUCGAAGAUACAACAUAUAACGGCGAAGGACCAACACGUGGUGAUCCCGGUCGGAGAGUCAAGGGAAGUGAAGAUCGGGAUCGGAGGGGCUAAGAUGAAGUUGUGGGUCGCUAGAGGACUAGAUUGGGUCCCCACUGUGAUCUCGGGGUGGGGUAAGACGAAAUACCUGCAGAUGACCAACAUUGGCGACCGUGAGAUCAUACUGCCCACCCACACUAUAUUAGGCAUGUGGGUCGAAGGCGAUAUGGUACCGCGGACUCAAGGUUUGGUGACAGUCGGGUCGGGGAAGUACAAGGAAUGGCAAACUCUGGCAUAUGAGGCUACGACGGAUCGAGUGAACGAACUCCCGAAAGAACAGAUCGGACCAUUGAACCUGUCUCCGGCGAUCUCCACGGUAACGCCGCAAGCUAACGAUGACGAUUCGCAAAAGGCAGAUGCUGUAGCUGCGAGGGAAGUAACGGUCAGGGGAGCUGAACUAUCGCGGAUGGAGAACGGUCAUGAGAUCGGUACCCAACAUGCAACGAAGGGAGACCGCGACACCGGUCAAGAAGGGCUACGUGACAGAUCGUCUCUACCGAAGGCUGAGCUGACUGACCGACUGUUGAAAUUGGACCAGCCGGAAGAGACGAAGGAGCCUAAAGAAGAAAUAAUGCUAAAUACUGAAGACGUCGAGAUUGCAGAAAUACCAGUUUAUCACCACGAGAGCGGAGAUUUGUUUGCGGAAGAUAUCGAGCAGCAUAUGGCCGUGCUACCAGAGAUGUCGGCGACUACGGAAGAAGUUACGAUUGAGGACAUUCAGAUCGGUGAUCCCGAUGUGCCUCUCACCACAGAUCAACAACGGCUCAGAUCGCUGAUCUGGAAGAGCCGUCACCUCCUCAUGGGUAAAGGUAAUGCUCUACCACCAGCAGCACGAGGCGCGAUCUGUGAUAUUGAUGUCGGUGGGGCAGCACCGAUAGCGCAAAGAGUGCGUCCGGUCGCACCCAAAUAUCGGGAGAAGCUGUCAGAUCUCAUCAAAGGACUAUUAGCAGCCAAAAUCGUUCAGCCAUCCACGUCACCUUGGGCGUCUCCGAUAGUGGUGAUCAUCAAGAAGAACGGAGUGGAUAUUCGCCUUUGCAUUGAUUAUCGAAGAGUUAACCAGCUGACGCGUCUGAUGGUUUAUCCCAUGCCGUUGAUCAGCGAUCUGUUGGAAGAUCUGGAUAAAGCUCUAUGGUACUGUUCGCUAGACAUGGCUAGUGGAUUUUGGGUCGUCGAAAUGACUGAACGAGCAAAACUGAUCUCAGCGUUUGUCACACCGUUUGGCUUGUUCGAGUGGCUGCGAAUGCCUUUUGGGCUUAAGAACGCGCCCCAGAUCUACCAACGUCUGGUGGACAAUGCGUUGUAUGGAUAUCUCAAGAUCGGUCAGAGAUCAGCCUCUGAUGGCCCGAUCGACGUGUUCAAAGAUGGAGAACCUGAGACAGAUCGACGACCGUCUAUACUGGGACGCCGAUCUUACAUUGACGAUAUUCUCAUACCAGCCACGUCAUGGGGAUCUUUGUACACAAAAGUAGAACGGUUGCUGGAGGCAUGUGAUAAGUGGAAUCUGUCUAUCAGCCUCACGAAGAGCUUUUGGGGGUGCCGUAAGGUCGAUUAUUUGGGACAUCGAGUGUCGAUGGAUGGUCUGGAGGCUCAGCCCAAGAACCUAGAGUCGUUGGUUAACAUCCCGUUUCCUAGCACGCUACGAGCUAUGCAAUCCUUUCUCGGGAGCUUGAACUACUACCGUCGCUUCAUUGAGGAUUUCGCGGUGUAUGCCGCGGUGUUGUAUGAGUUAAGAGAAUCGGAUUUCUUCGAGAUCGGCCGAUCUCAGCUUGCAGCAGGAGACGAAUGCUCCAACGAGGGUCGAUGGACGGAAGCCAAGGUUGCUUUCACUAUGCUAAAAGCUAAGAUAGCUACAGCUCCCAUGCUCAAGCAUUUCGACCCAGAUCGGUCCCCCGUAAUCGUGGUCUACGCUAGCAAGUGGGCUGUCUCAGCGGCCCUGAUACAGGAGUACGAUGGCGUGUACCAUCCGGUUACGUUUACUAGCCGCACUUUAAAGCCUAAUGAGCUUAACUACGGAACGGUAGAAAAAGAAGUGCUGGCGCUACUUCGUGUGUUGGAUGUAUGCUAUACUACGCUUGCCUCGCGGGAGAUCACUGUACUGACCCGACAUUCUACGUUAGCCUGGUUGAUGCAGUCUCGAGGGCUCAACGGGAGAUUAGGACGGUGGGCUGCUUUGUUGUCAAAUUGGACUAUGGAGGUGAAGAAAUGUGAAAGAGGAGAGGAAGAGAUCCUGGGCAUGUUAGCAGCGAGUAUCACUCCGAGAGGAGAAGUGGAAGAGAUGCUGAUUGCGAUCUCCCCACGAAAAGACUGUCGACUCAAAAUAUCGAUGCCUCCUCCAACGGUGGAAACAGAUGAGGAGUUGCUGGUGGCCAGUUUCGAUGGAUCGGCUAGGAUAAAAAAGAAAGGAGGGUCGUUCAGUGCCGUGAUAUGGAAGUUACCCGAAUGGACGAUCGUGGCGGCCGAAUCGAGAUAUGUUCACGAUCUGACUGUGAAUGAAGCUGAGUAUAAUGGCUUGCUACUGUGCUUUGAGUUACUCGCCGAUCUGGAUAGGGGGCGAGUAAUACUGUGUGGAGAUUCCAGUCUGGUGAUUCGACAGAUGCGCGGUGAGAUCGACUGCAAGGCACCGGGCCUUCAGCUUCUGAGACACAAAGCGUUGGAGAAGCUGCGGUCAUGGCCUAGUCACGAGUUUCUGCAUAUGAAGCGAGAGUGGAAUCAGAGCGCAGAUCGACUAGCCAGCACAGCAUUGCAGAGCGAAAAGGGAAGAACGGUUGUAGCUGAAGAGGAUCGGCAAGAUCUGAUGACUCUGAACCGUCUCGAUGAAUUGUUGAAGCCCAAGCAAGAUGGUCAGCUGGCUCGGGUAACUGCGAUCACGAGAUCAGCCAGGAGGAUACGUCAUGAACCUGAAGUGAUACAGGAGGAGAUAGUACAGAGGAUCAGGAUUCAACGAAUUGUCCAAGCUCAAGAUGAAGAGCGUUGGAUUGUCAAUCUCAAGACAUAUCUAAGUGGCGAUGUAUCAAACUUGGAUGCGGUAGAAGUGAAGAUGUGCGCCAAACUGGCGCCGGAAUACGAGAUCGAUGAGAACAAUCUGCUAUUUUUUGCCCCAUGGCGAAAAGAGAGUCAGAAGAUCGCGAUGGUUUGA